UCGUGUCUUCUUUGUGACUUCGGCUUUGGGGCUCGUCUAUUGUGCCGAUGACGUCCCCGUUUUGUCCUUUGGAGCCAACGCCAGCAACAGCCACAAUUCCAAAUUCCUCGAACAGUUUGCAAUUGGCCAUCGCUGGCGCCAGAGGAACUCAGCUCAACGCGUCUACAGCCAUAAGGGCAAGAAAAAAAUAGAAAAAUAAAGGAAAAAAUAAAAAUAAUUAAAUAAAAAAGCUUCUGAAAACUGUGCAGUGCGAAAAUUGUUGAAAAGCGAGGAAGAGCCCUGUGCGAAAAUGUGCCAUCGUCCGAUUAGCUCGUCAGCUAUUUUGUUGCUAUUGCCCUUGCUGUGCUGCAUAUCACAAGGCGCAGCCAUUAAAUGCUUUGUGUGCGACUCAAGCGAUAAUCCCAGCUGCGCGGAUCUGAAGUCCAACUCGAGUAUUGUGCCUGAGGAAUGUACUUUGGACAAAAUGAAGUCUCUGGACACCUGGCUUUUCGACUUGAAUAAGUUCUCCUAUUUCGAUAAUGGGGCCAACAAGCAUCCGUUAAUGAAUUGCCAAAAGGUGGUCGCAUCUGACCCUAAUACCAACAAACUGGUGACCGCGCGCUUCUGUCAGCUGGACACUGGCGACUCGGACGCUUGUGACAUCUUGCGCUCUAAGUUGCGCAUUACUAGCGACAGCAGCGGCGGGCAACGGCAGCGGCGACGCGAACGCGAUCAACAGCAGCAGCAGCGACGCAAAGGUUAUGGCCAGGAUACCGAUGAGAAGUCGCCGGAGGAGGAGUUCUUUUGUGACAUUUGCAAAACGGAUCGCUGCAACGGGGCCGCGGCUGUGACGCUGACGUCAUCGGUAUCAUUGGGACUGCUGCUGCUGUUGCUACUGACACGACCACUACGGUGCUGAAGUGACGACCGACGGACGAUAGACGGCGAUGGCUGGCGACAUUGGUUGCAUUUAGGUUGAGUUAACGUUAACGUUUAUCGUUUACCUUUUGUAAAUAUUCGAGUGGCCACUGAGCGACACAGAAACCAGAAAAUCACAGCACUCAAACCUUACCUCCCCCGAACCCCACCCCAAAACCCGACCACUACCAAAGUCCUAGACAUGUAAGUGACAGCAAACACGAACACAACAACAACAACAAAAAGUUGCUUACAGAUGCAGCUACAAAUACAAAGCUACGGCUACACACAGAUACGACUAUAAAGAUACGGAAACAGAAACUGAUACAAAUACAAACUCAACAUUAAUAUCAGUUGCAGCCGCAGCUACCAAAAUGCAAUUACGGAGGGAUAGAUACGGCGACAAAUGUUUAGAUACAAAUUGAGAUACAGAUACAUAACUACAAAUAGAAUCGCAGUUACAGAUACAAAGGCAAAGACACUAGACAACUGGGCAGAUACAGAUACAGAUACAAGUUUGAAUAUACGACUCCACAGAUACAAAUGCACAUAAGUCGAUAGCAACACAGAUACACAGAGAUACAGAUACAGUUACAGAUACUCAGCUACAGUAACUGAUAUAUAGAUACAGUUAAAAAGGAAACCAUCCAAUGUAUGUGUCUUAUAUCAAAGGAUUUGCAAUUCAGUUUAUUUGAUUGAGAGUCCCUCACUUGGUCAAUUAACAUGAGCUUUGCCAGACAG